UGAGCUGGAGCCAGCUGGAGCAGAGCGGUCCACCGUCCACCAUCUUGCGCGUGUGCGUCGCGGUCUCGCGGACUCUGUUGUGCGGCUGACGGCUGUGCGCGUCAGCGAGUUUUGACGUGAGUGACGUGACGCGUGAUAUGCGUGAACGUGAGGGUGCAGCGAGGAUCUCGCGGAAGGCGCUCGACGGAGGUGACGCAACGUGACGCGUCGGCUCCGAGGGUGUGCGGCGGGUGCGGUGACGAGCGACCCACGGCCCACGGGACGACGAUCGACUCCUGGGCAAGACCGUCUUCGUUCUCGUGGCGAAAGAAGAAAGAGAGAUUAGUAAAGACGCGAAAUUCCAUUAUACGAAAAUAAGAAGAGGAAAAAAUGGAUGAAAAUCAACAACGGGGACCGAUAUUCCGGUCGCUCAACAGUCAACACGAAUCCUUCGUCAGAUUUAUUAACACGACACCUCAUGCUAUUACCUUAUACUGGAUGGAUUAUCAAGGACAGGCAAUUAGUUACGGCGAUCUGUCACCUGGGGACUACAGAGAAAUAAACACGUUUCAUACGCAUCCGUGGAUUUUCGUCAAUAAAGAAACGGGUGUCAGGGCAAAACGAAACAGGUACUUGGUGGAUCAGCGCGACGUUUUCUUUCCUGCGCCGUGGUUUCUCAAGUACCGUGGCGUUAGGCGGAGCGAACUGCCGCAAAGAAUCGAGAGGACCAACGUGUACAUCGUUCUACCGAUGUUCACUCUGCAACAAGUGUCACUAAGAGUCAUCAAAAACUGUCUUACGUACGACUCGCAGGCUUUCCUUCUCGACAUUCCACGAAGUCUCCAGUUAGAACUCUUUACGAUGCUACCGAGAAAACCUCGACCCUCGUAACAUGUUCUUCAUCUAACGUGCCAUCGUUUUUACGCGAUUAGGAUAGUAGCGCGAAAGAUAAUUAAUAACGAAGGAAAAACAUGAGACGUUUAUAACUUUUGCAAAGAUGAAGAAAAUGUUUAACGAGUUUUUAUUCCUUUUUUGUAUGGAAAAGACUUAUUGAAUGAAUCUUUUCGUUUCUUUUUUCAUAGUACGUGCACAGUCAUGUACCGCAUAUUAUUUAAUAUUAUUACAUGCAAAAUGCAGUUCUUAAGGAUAUGCUUAGGGCAAAUUAAUAUUUUUUGGUUGGAAAGCAAAAAUUAUAUAUUUUUUAUGUAAUCGAAAUCGAACAAUCUUUUACAAGAAUAUUUAAAACAUGCAGACGAGGUGUUUGCGAAAAUUAGAAUUUGGCUAUUACAGUAAGAAUCUGUAACUUGAAAUUUUAUCGUAGGCAAAAAUAUGAUUUUCUUUCAACUCAAGAAGUGUUUCAAAAAACCGAAAUCUGAGAGAGAGAGAGAGAGAGACAUGUUUGCGCAAAGUUGCCAUUUUUAUUCGCCAUGCGUAUUCAUCUCUCACGAGCAAAUAUGCAAUAGAUUAUUAAUUAGUAUGUCGUGAAUAUUUUAUAUUCACAAAGUCGUAUUAUUUAUGAGAGUGUUCGGCCAUACAUGACAAGAUAUAUAUAUCAUUGUUUGAUACGAAUAAAUAUAACAACGAAUCUCGCUGAUGUCCUUUAACUCUCUAUAACGAUUUUGAUUAGAUACGCCACUCAGGAAGUUUCAGGAAAAUCGUCGAUAGUAAUCUGAGCUCGUUUCCGCAAUUUGUUAGCAGAGUUCCGAAGAUAUUAACCGACUCCUCUUCUGCGCCUCGUCCUUUUCGCUCCUUUCACGUUCCUCUCGUUUUCCACGUGAGCUCGAUAGAUAUCCCGAAAACUUUUCUUCGUUAAUUAACAGUUAGCCAAGUAUCGAACACGUUCAGAAGUGAAAUGUAUAUAGUGACGCAUUCGUCGUCAAAAAUGUAAUUUUUGUCAAAUAUGUCAAAAAAUAUUGUAAUAAAUAAAUAUAUAUUUACAGUUGUAUAAAA